AAAUUAAAUUUCUUUUAAAUCGUUUCUUAUUUGUACAAGCUUUUUUUGUGACUACCUUUCAAACUAUUCUUCCUCGAUGGAUCCUAAAUGCGAAAAUUGUCAUAAAGCCGUGUAUAUGGCCGAAAAAGUGACCGUUGAUGAAAACAAGGCAUAUCAUAUCGGCUGCUUUCGUUGCUCCACUUGUAAAGUUAAGCUUAGUCUCGGAAAUUAUACUUUGCUAGAUGGAGUCCUUUUUUGCAAGCCACAUUUUCAUGAAGCAUUUCUUUCAGCUGGAGCAUACCGAGCACCAGACAAUUCCAAAAAAACAAAUGAAGAGUCUUCAACGAAUGAAAAUGAACAAGGUGUUGCUUCUCAGACUAGUCAAGUUCCAUCUUCACAAACUGCCGAAAAUCCAAAAGCAAACAACGCUUUAGAAGAAUCGUCUCCUGUCGCAGUGUUGCAACCAAGUCACAAGAACAACGAAAAAACUCCGAUUGAUACAGAAAUGCAUAAAGACGUUCACAAGAAAGAAGAAAAAGAAGAAGAAGAUGAUGAAAACGUUGAUCCAAGACACCGACACAAUUUACGUUCGGUACUUCGCUCUUCAGGACAAAAAAAGAACUCAAAAAGAGAUGUUGGAAUUGCAUCCAAAGGCAGAAAGACUGGUUCUCUUCUUCUACAAAACUCUUCAAGUGGUGGACUCAUGAAAGGUUCCGGAAGAUUCUUGCACUUGUCACAUAUGGAUUCUGCCGACAGCUUGGAUACCUAUGACCUCGUGGAAGAUAUUUCCGUGAUUUCCUCGAUGUUGAAGGAACACCAGAGAGAAAUUUCUGCUAUUAGAGCAGCUUUGAACAGAAUACAAGAAAACUUGGAAACUAUAUAACUUUGUCAAAAGAUUAAUAAAAUGAAAGGUUGCAUUACAAU